AUAUAUAUAUAUUUUAUUAGGUGUACAUGUAAUAACUGUGAAAAAAUGCCAAUUGAAGAGGAAAACAUCUGCUGCAAAGAAAUACAGAAGGUUGUAAAACGAAUGAUGGAGGUUCCAGACCCUCCUAAAUGUAUGGUUGAGCAUCCAGGUUUUGAACCAAACUGCUUAAAUCCGUAUACUUUGCAAAAUAUCAAUAAUAUUUACAGAGCCGACUAUGGACCAGUGAGACGCAGAAAUGAAGAGGAGCGUUUCCGUUAUCUGGCCUAUCGCAGCUUUGUCAGCUGGUGCUGGGGCUACCUAGGACGUAGUGUGAGGGUUGUCAUCCCCUCAUGUGUUGUUAACCGGAUCCGUCUACAGUUUCCUGAUCCAGCGGGACAGUAUGUUGGGUUCCGGCCACCCCUCGACUGA